AUGCUAGCGAAGCAUGUUUGGAGAUUGAUACAUGACACAGAUUCCCUCUUUUACAAAGUGUUUAAGGCCAAGUACUUUCCAAAUUGCAGUGUGUUUGAAGCUAAGUCAGCCUUGGGUUCAUUUGCAUGGAAGAGUAGAAUCAUUUUCCACAAAGGGAUACUUGCCCAGACUGCAACAGCUGAUGGGCUCAUUGAUCCCAACUUGGUGAAGUCGAGGUACAAAAUCCUUUGUGAGGACCAGCAGGCUGGUGGUCUUGAAACUGACGUUGCUGAGGCUCAAAGGAAUUUUUGGAAGGGUGUGUGGAAACUCAAAGUCCCAGGAAAGAUUAAGCACUUCUUAUGGAAGUCAUGCACCAACUCAUUGCCCACAAAGGAAAAUCUGAGGAAGAGAACUAUCAUACAAGAAAAUGUGUGCCAUCUCGGCUCAGACCAUCUUGAAGAUGUCAAGCACGCGUUGUGGGGUUGUUCUAAGAAAAAUCAUCGGCUGUUCCCACUGUUUGCAGUCACGGCAUGGUCCGUAUGGCACCACCGGAACAAGUCUCAACUUCAAUCUGCCAUAAUACCUUUGGACAGGGUAGCUGAUUUUGCUGAAAACUAUCUAUGGAACUUUUCAGAUAGGUUCGGCCAACAGGGGUUACCCGUGAGAAGUGCAGCAACAAUGGCAAGUUGGUGUCCACCGUAUGAAAACCAGGUGAAAAUUAACUUUGAUGGAGCCCUGUUUGGAGAGUCGGAUAGUGCAAGGAUCGGUGUAGUGAUUCGGAGUUCGGAGGGAGGGAAAUGGGUUUCUUCAAUUCGGUUUUUGAAGGUGACUCAUCCAAUGUUAUCAGGUCCCUUCAGGAUAGGAACGUGGCCCACUCCCAAGGAGGGCACAUCUUAA